AUGCAAUACGGACUUCUUUCGGCCCUGGCCGCCUUCGCCGGCGUCGUCAGCGGCACUCCUGUCUCUCUCCUUUCUCCUCGACAAGCCGCCGGCCUCAACGCCGCCAUGGUCGCCGCAGGCAAAGAAUACUUCGGAACCUGCCUGACAGUCCGCAACGACCAGUCCGAGUCCAGCAUCAUCGCCAACAAGGACGAGUUCGGCUCCAUCACCCCCGAGAACGCCAUGAAAUGGGAUGCUGUCCAGCCUAAUAGAGGACAGUUUAGUUUUGGUGCCGCGGAUCAACAUGUCAACUGGGCGGUCCAGAACGGAAAACAGAUCCGUUGCCAUACUCUCGUGUGGUAUUCGCAGCUUCCUGGAUGGGUUAGCGGUAUCAACAACAACGCUACCCUCUACGAGGUGAUGCAGAACCACAUUUCGACCGUCAUGGGUCGAUACAAGGGGAAGUGCACGCACUGGGACGUCGUCAACGAAGCUCUCAACGAAGACGGGACAUACCGAGAUAACGUCUUCCUGAGAGUCAUGGGAGAAAGCUACCUCCCCAUCUCGUUCAGGCUUGCCGCCGAGGCAGAUCCCGCGGCGAAGCUCUACUACAACGAUUACAAUCUUGCCUACGGCGAUGCCAAGGCGGAAGGCGCCGUCCGCAUCGUUAAACUCGUCCAGUCGUGGGGCUACCGCAUCGACGGCGUCGGCCUUCAAGGCCACAUGGUCACUGAAUCGACACCGACCCAGGAGACGCCUUGCCCCUCACAGGAGAAGCUCGCGACCGCCCUCCGCAUGUUCACCGAUCUCGGCGUCGACGUCGCAUACACCGAAGUUGAUAUCCGCAUGAACACUCCCUCGAAUGCCCAGAAGCUCCAGGUGCAUGCUGAGGCUUUUGGUCGCAUGAUGGGUGCCUGUAUGGAAGUUGAACGCUGCGUUGGGUUUACGGUUUGGGGCGUUUCCGAUCGAUACAGCUGGGUUCCGCAAACCUUUUCUGGUGAGGGAGAUGCUCUCCUCUGGAACAACAACUUCCAGAAAAAGCCCGCUUACCAAGCUACCCUCGAUGCCAUCGUGAACUACAAACCCCCGGAGAAGCCUGCCGAACCUGAGACCCCGGCCGAGCCUGAGACCCCGGUCGAGGGAGGGGAAACGCCUAGCAGCCCUGCUGCCCCCGCCGAGCCGACCGCUGCCACUCCUUAA